AUGUCGUUCGCUCACAUUCUUACGGAUGGUUUCGGAAAUCCUAAUCGGUGCUUGGGGAAAGUCGGUGCACCUCAGCCGAACGACAUCACAUGCCCGACUGCCUUCGUCGACUUAGUCUUUGGGGCUCUAGGUUCCGCUUUACAAGCGUACAAUGACCAUGAACUUGGACUGCCAUCCGACAAGAACUCUUCUCGAGCGACGCGGAAAUGUGAUCGCAUCCUGAGCGUCUUGAACGCGUGUUUGGAAGAACUUGAUCACUGGAAAGCUUUGAACACUCCAGAUGGAGCCUUGUCAGAAGGUUCCGGUCCCAAGGCCCAUUUGUCGAAACACGAAAGUGCGGACAGCGUUUUAGAGGAUAGACUAAUCCUUGGGAGCCAUAGCCUAGUGGCUCCUAUACCGUCGACCUUCAACUCCAGCAGGGUCUCCGUCUCACCUCCUCCUCGGCUCGGCGGCCGCUUCGGCUUCGGCCGAAGGUUCGGUGAAAAUAAUAAGGCCGAAAAUGGGUUAUCUUCGUCGACCAUGUCUUUUGUCAUGCCGGUGCCGUCCUCCGGGAGUGAGGGUUCUGCAGCUUCUGGCGACUGGGGAUUUUCGGGACCCGUGAAAGGGUUUCCUUUGGCUCAAACAGCUCCGCUAUCGGCUCUCGACGUCGCAGCACCAGCGGAGCUGAGUCCCGCCCAGGGGGAGCAGUGGGAAGCGCUGUACGCGUCAGUGCAGGACGCGGUGCUCAUGUACAACGCGCAGUUCGUCUCCUCGCUGGCGGAUGGCUUCCCGCCUGCUGCUGACGUCAUGGCGUCGCUGGACGACGCCCUGCAGGACCUGGCGAAAGACGUCUACGUGGCAAUGGAUAAGAUGGAAGAGGGAGUCAGCCAACGAGCCUCGCUGUUUCCUAUCCGCGUCUUUGCAAUGUGUGCGUCUCUAGAAGUCGCUCGCUGUCGAGAACUUCCAGGUUGGUCCUUUGCUGCCGCUGGCAACCUCAGGGACCAGCCAGCAAAAGAAUCCGCAGCGCUCCCGCCGUUGGAUGAGGACGAUCUGACGGUUCUGGAGCAGCUGUUGGAGGAGGCGGGGGACGAGAUUCAGGGCCUGUUCCUAAACUGCAAGGGGUCACUGUACGGUCUUGGUGUCACCCAUGCUCGUUCUCUCGCCCGCUUCUCUAUCCUGGGGAAGGCACUUAAAGCAGCAAUAGAGGGAGCAACAGAGGCGAGUUUCACUGUGUUACGGGAUGGACGGGAGGUGGGGUAUUUGGAAAGGAGAGAGGGGGGAGAGGAAGGUGGGGAGGGGAAAGAGGAGGGAGAAGGCUCAAAAGGCUCUGGUUUUGAGUUUGAUACAACUAAGGUGGAGGAGGAAGAGGAAGAGGACGAUGAUGAGGAUGACGAAGAUGAUGAUGACGACGAAUCUGACACUAACGAUAGUGACAAUAUCGAGGAUGACUGUAUCAUAUGGGAUGACGGGCUUCAGGAUAUCAGAGCACUGUUCGCCCCUAAGCAGCCAAAAUUGCCCUCUGCUUCUUCUGCCUCCUCUGUCGCCUCCGCAGCAGCAGCGCUUACACCCACAAAGAGACCUGGGGCCACUACCUCUAUCUUGUCAGACCAGAACCAGCAGAAGCAGCACCUGCGAACGCAGUCGGAGGUGAUUCUUGAUUCGUCUCAAAAAUCACCUAAAGACGCUGACCCUGACAGCAAGGCAGGGACACCAACAGCAGCAGCAGCAGCAGCAGCAGAAGCAGCGGCAGAAACACCCACGGGGCCCCGUUUAGGUGCGAGGAUUCUAUUGGAGCGAAUCCGGGACUAUCAAUGGCUGGCGGAGUGGCUGGGAAUCGACCCUGACGAGCUUCUUAUCCACAAGGUUCUCUCCGUGGUCCCUGUUGGCAUGCUCCUCACUGACUUGGGCGUGCCCCGCUCGUUAGAGUCCAGCUUGUUAGAGUCACAGCGCCCGCUGCUGCUGCGCGUGGUGCUGCCUGGGUUCCGGGAGGAGGUGAAGAGGCGGCUGGUGGGUGCAGGGCUUGGGUGGACGGAAGGGAUGUUGAUUAAGACUGUGGUGUUUGAACCUAAGAGGAAUGCCGCUGUGUUCACCACAGGAGGUGGCAGUGGUACUGCUAGAGGUGAUGCUGCUGGUGCUGGUGCUGGUGCUGGUGGCAGUGGGACAGAGGGGGGUGUGGCUGGUACUGCUGCGGCUGCUGCAGCAGCAGCAGGGAGAGCAUUGGCCAAGAAACCCAGCCACAACCGAACCAAAAGCGCGGAAGACAUGGAAGAACUAUCCCCGUUUGUGUCCCAUGCUGUACAAGAAUCGCUCACAGCAGGCGGCGGGCUGGCGAAGCAGAUUCCCUUAGAGGACAUUCUGGCAGCGACUGACUCGUGGAGCCCUGAGAGGAAGCUAGGGGAGGGCGCCUACGGCACGGUGUUCAAGGGGGUUGUGGGGCGCGGUGGGGAGGGUGGCGAUGGCGAGAUGUGGGCUGUGAAGCGGGCGGGGAAUGUAUCAGGGUCUCAUCUGGAGGAGUUUGAAAAGGAGGUGUCAUUCAUGAGUCGCAUGGCCCACCAGCAUCUCGUGCGACUCAUAGGCUUCUGGGCGGACUGUGAUGAGCGAAUCCUUAUUUAUGAGUUCAUGCACAACGGCACCCUUGCAUCGCGCAUCCACCGUGGACCAGUGCCGUCAUCCCCCACCGGAGAAGCUCCCAAAAAGGCCCCACCUCCACCUCUCUCAUUCGACGAGCGUGUCAUAAUUGCAGUUGGAGCAGCAGAGGGUCUGCGCUACCUGCACGACUUUGCCCGGCCGCCCGUGAUCCACCGCGAUAUCAAAUCGGAGAAUAUCCUGCUGACAGCGGAUCUGCAGGCCAAGGUGGCGGAUUUCGGGCUGCUGAAAACGAGCGACCAGGGUGGGCCCGGUCGGCAUGUGGCGAGAACAAGGCUGAUGGGAACCCCUGGGUAUUGUGACCCGGAGUAUUCUCGGACUUACAUUGCCACCCCUAAGAGCGAUGUGUACAGCUUUGGGGUGGUUCUUUUGGAGCUGGUGACGGGGCGCAGAGCCAUCCUGGCAGAGCCGAGUCAGAAGACGGGGAUGAACCUGGGCAAUGUAGCGUCGCUGCUGCAGCGCUCCAAGCGCAAUGCCAAAGCGAGUGCCAUGGAGCCAGGGGCUACGACCACGCUCGUGCAAUGGGCCAUUCCUCUAAUCACAGCAGGCAAGCUCAAAUCCGUAGUUGACCCGGCCCUGGAAAACAACUACCCACCAGGAGGGAUGAAAGCAUUCGCCAACGUGGCGGUCAUGUGUGUCCAAAAGAGCGCCGCCCAGCGGCCGACCAUGGCUGAGGUGGCGACACGUCUGUCUGCCAUCCAGCACAAGGUGGAGGAGCUGCACAUUCAGGGGGAAGAGCCAAAGUAUAACUUCCAACCCACCAUCGGAAGUGGUGCUCCGGCUGGUGCUGCUGCUGCUGCUACCACGCCUGUUCCCAGAGCACAGACAGCACCUCGACCCAAGUCUCCAGCUCCGAAAGUGCCGCAGAAAAAGGCCGGGGAGAAGAGCGGGAGUGGGGCGGGAGCAAAGGCAAAGACGAAGGAUGCAGGUGUUGGGGAGGGGAAAGAGGCGAAGGGGAAGAAGGCGGGAGGGAAGGGGGUUACAAGGGCGAAGAGUGCGGCACAGCCGUAUUUGGGAGCAAAGGAUGCCGUGGAGUUCAGCUCGCAGCAUGUGACGAGCAAAUAUAUGGCAAUGAUGUGA